GUGCAGAUGUAAGCUAUGUGGCCAAAUAUUGUAACUUAGCUUUAGAAAUUGCUUGUGAUUGUGAUGAUCUUGAAAUAGUAAAAAUAUUAAUAGACGCCGGUUCAGAUGUUAUUAUAUCGCUAGAUUACUAUUCCUCUUUACAAUUAGCUAUCACGCAUGACAAUCAACAAUUGGCUGAGUACCUAAUCAACUAUUGUACUGAUGCUAACAUUACUUGCAAUUAUUCAGCGGCAUUAAUAUAUGCCAUUCGAGAGUACAGAAAGGAAAUGGUGGAAUUACUGAUGAAAAAUGGUGCCAAUAUUGAUUACACGCCAAAAAAUGGGCGUUCAGCUCUUUGCUCAAGUAUAAGGUACCGCAGUUCAGAAAUAACAAAAAUUUUAGUAAAAGCUGGCGCUGAUAUAAAUUUACUUUCAGAAAGAUGUACACCAUUAAGUGAAGCUGUUAGAAUAAAAGACUACAAAAUGGCUGAGUACUUGAUAAAAAAUGGUGCUGACGUAAAUGUUCAUGACGGUUGUGAAACGCCAUUGGCUAUUGCUAUUCGGAAACAUCAAAACGAUAUCGUUAGAUUAUUAAUUAAACAUAAUGCUAAUGUUAAUACUGCAGCAGCUAAUGGACAAACAAUUCUGACCUCUGCUAUCCAGGAAAACAAUUUUGAAAUAACUGAAAUGUUAAUUAAUGCUGGUGCUGAUGUCAGUGUCACUAUUAAUAAUGUAGGAUCAUUAUUACAUUUGGCGCUUGUCGGAUCUGGACCAGAAAUUAUUAGACUAUUGCUCGAUGUUGGUGUUGAUAUCAAUUUUGUUAACGAAAAUGGUGAGACAGCAAUUGAUGUUUUAUCAAAUUCUCAAAAUGCCCAGACAUUAAUUAAGGAACAUGUUAUCAAAUUAAAAGCUGCUAAUUUCUAUCUUAUCGAUAAAUGUUUAGAUGCUGUGAAAGAUGAUCAAUUUAACGAUUUUUAUGCCGAGUGCUUAGAUGAAAUUGAUUUUUUGAAGACACAAUGGUUCUCCUGGAACAUGAGUUUCUAUGAUGUUUUACACUCGUGUGUGAAUAAAAUAUCUCGAAGAAUUAGAUUCAUCAGCAGAGAUGAUAUUAUUUUAGAUCAAAAGUCAUUACGUAGUAAAUUUAAGCUGUAUGGAGGAAUUAUUUACCAUCGUGUGUUAAAAGCUGAGCCGCGUAAAAAAUUGUUGGUUCGUGCUGAUAAAAUAAUUUCUGAUUUAUUUGACCAUUUGCUACAAGAUAUUAAUGUACAAGAUAUUUUGGACUUUUUUAGUGAUGCGGAACUCAAGAUUUUGUGUGGUCUUAAUUAAUUAUUAGAAUUAAGAAUAAAAUUUAUCUGUACUCCUUAUGAGUCAGAUUAUAAAUUCAUGAUCGCUAUUUUACAAAUUGUUUUUUAUUCAAAGUACGUUUG